AUGGGCGGAACUCAAAAUGGGAAGACAGAGCCAAUUAAAACGUAAGUCUCACGACAAUUUACUCAAAACCCCGAUCGUUCGCAGACCGGGAAAUGACGACACCGAUCAGAGCGACAACUACCUGGAUCCGUGCCCGAAGCCGGCGUUCUACGUCUUCUGGCUCGUCAAGCUCAACAUCACAAUGAUGCUUUUGGGCGCCGUCGUCGCUACCUACCUCGAUAAAUGGGGAAUUGUGCGGACGAAGCGGGCGAAAGGAGAUCCCAGAUUGGCGGUGCGUUCCGAAGCGUCGAGAAUCGCGAAUCUUUCUCAACCCAACUGUUAUAUUGGUGCUGUACUUUGUUUUUCGCACCCUUCCGGGUUUGAUAAGCGACGCCGACAGUCGCCCCAUUUUGAUCAGACGACACGCGAAAAUUGAUGUUAGUUAUCGAGGGAAAUAAGAAAAUGCCGAUAAAAAAGAGUGAAUCAGCUCGUGUGGAUAAACAAAAAAGCACUGAAAUUGAAGAAUUUCAGUAAGAACUUAAUAUUGCAGAAUUUUCCGCCACUCGGAAACAGCUUCGACGCCACGUACACCGAUCACAUCUACCGUCAGUCGACGGACGUCGUCAAUCGACCGAUCAGCGGAGUUCCGGGAGCAAUUGUUCGACUCAAAGAUCGAUACACCGACGAUCACGGAUGGACUCAGAAGUAAGUACACUGGAGUGAAGUAGCACGCAUCAAACUCUUUAAAAAAAAAUAAAUAGUUACACCAGAAAAAUAUCCAAGAAAAAACGUUCAGAUACACUGGCAGCGAGACGGAAGUGAUCAACCUCGGGUCUUACAACUAUCUCGGCUUCUCGCACAGAUCGGGAGUCUGCGCAGAAGCCGCCGCCGCACACAUUGACGCCUACGGUUUGAAUUGCGGAGGAUCCCGGCAAGAGCACGGCACGCAUCAGGUGCACAAGUCCGUUGAUUCGACCAUCGCCGAGUACCUGAAUGUCGAGGACGCCGUCGUUUUCCCGAUGGGCUUUGCCACCAACUCCAUGAAUAUUCCGGCUCUUGUGGACCAGGGAUCGCUCAUUCUCUCAGACCGACUGAAUCACGCUUCUUUAGUCACUGGAUGUCGUGUUUCUGGAGGGCAUAUUGUGGUCUUCCGACAUAAUGGCAAGCCUUAUCAUACGCUCGAGCACACGGAAAAACAGUGUACUUUUCAGACGCGGUAGACUGCGAACGGAAACUGCGAGAUGCUCUGUGCGGAGUGAGCCCGAAAACCGGAAGGAAGUACAACAAAGUGCUCAUUAUCAUCGAGGGCAUUUACAGUAUGGAGGGCACCAUCGUCGAUCUUCCCGCCUUCAUUGCCAUCAAAAAGAAGUACAACUGUUAUCUGUUUCUGGAUGAAGCACACAGCAUCGGAGCCGUCGGACCGACCGGAAGAGGAGUCGCCGAGUACUGGGGCUGCAACUCGAGAGACAUCGAUGUGAUGAUGGGCACACUGACAAAGUCGUUCGCAUCGGCCGGAGGGUACAUGGCCGGAACGAAACGGGUCAUCGAUCACAUCAGACGGUAUUCGGCGGGAACUUGCUACGGAGGGACCAUGUCCCCUCCGCUGGUCGCUCAGGUCGAAAAGGCCGUCUCGGUUCGUGCUUAUUUUGAAACAAAAAACACUUUUAACUGCCGCUCUUUUCAGAUCAUGUGCGGCCGCGAUGGUACAGAUAUCGGCCGUCAGAAGGCCAUUCAACUUCUCAAAAAUACACGAUACUUCCGGAAGGAACUGCGUAAAAAAGGAUUUCUGAUCUACGGAAACAACGACAGUCCAGUAGUGCCGCUGAUGACGUUCUACAUCACUAAAGUCGUGUAUGAUAUUGACACACUUGCGGAAACUUUAUAAAAUUCGUGACUUACAGUGAAUUUUCGCGGCGAAUGCUGAAACACAACAUCGGCAUCGUGGCAGUCGGAUAUCCAGCGACGCCGCUUUUGGAGGCGAGGGUGCGAGUCUGUUUGAGCGCCGAUCACACUCGGGAACACCUCGAUUAUGUGAGUGAAUCGGUCCGAUCUACCCAAGAACAUCUCGUCCGUUUCAGAUUCUUUCGGCCCUCGAAACAGUCGGCCACGAGACAAACACUAUUUACGGGACAAAGAGCGACGAGUAA